UAUUUAGCUCUGGUUGCGGAGGGAAUCGGUGGUUACCCACAUUUUUAUUUCGCCCCGGAGAAUCUCUCCUGGUCUCGAAGAAUCCGCUCGGCCAACGAGCGAGCCCAUAAAAAUGGCUUAUAAUUCGUGAAUUCUUAUAGCGGGUCGCCCUCGUUGUUCUCUGUUUUUUUCUCUCUCGCCUUUUCCCUCGUUUUCGUUCCUUUUGAUAACAACGAGCAUUGCUGCGCGGAGACAGCUCUCGCGUUUGGAAGCCUCGGAAUCGUGAAUCCCCGGAGGGAGAGGUGGGGGUGCGGGGGGCGCUCUUGUCUUCUGGCUUUUUCCUCCGAGUGUCCCACGUCCACCCUGUUCUUCGCUUGCGCUCGCUGGGCAUUUCGGGGCGUGAGAACGGAGGCCGAGGUGGGUUUUUUCUUGGGGUUGGAAAGGAAGCGGACUCGGAGCGAGUCGAAUCGGCCCUCGUUCGUUAUCCGCAUCGAUAGAUCUGUGCCUGAGGAUUUUGGUUUUGGGUCGAGUGGGGAAGUGGGUUUUGUCGUCGGUUUGCUACCGGAUCCUUUCCCUGAUCUCGCUUGGAUUUGAUUCUGGUCACAUCAGCUUUAGACACAUCAGCUUUAGACACCCUUUUAUCCUCUCGGAAGGAAGUCCUCAUCUUUAUCGCUCGUCCAUAGCGCCAACCCAAUCGCAUACGAGUCCCUUCGUCGUUUUUUUAUAAUGUCGUCCGCCUCGUCGAGUUCUUCGCUCCUUCAGCCGAAAACGCGAGCUCCGGCUCUGCCCGCGUCGCUCGCCAAGCCGUCCAUUACGCCUCAGUUGAGCGUGUCUCGUUCCAGGAGCAGGGCCAGGGCGAGCCGAUGCUCUGUUUCCAAGAAGUCAACGGGUGUUCUGGAGAAGAACUUCUUCGGGCCCCGGCUCCAGCAGGAGGCCGGAUCCGAGAGGCUCCACGCCUUGGCGUCUGAUGGGUCGGGUCGGCUGUCGAAGCUCCGCCUCCUCGUGCGGUCCGCAUUGUCCGCGGUCCCGGAGAAGCCUCUUGGUCUCUACGACCCGAAGUUCGAUAAGGACUCUUGCGGAGUCGGGUUUGUUGCCGAGUUGUCUGGCGAAACCAGCCGCAAGACGGUGACGGAUGCUUUGGAGAUGCUGAUUCGUAUGUCGCACCGUGGUGCUUGCGGUUGCGAAACUAAUACUGGUGAUGGAGCUGGAAUUCUUGUCGCGCUUCCGCAUGAGUUCUACCAGGAAGUCGUCAAAGAGAAUGGAUUCAAAUUACCGCCUCCCGGUGAGUAUGCUGUCGGCAUGUUGUUUCUGCCAACGUCGGAGACUCGAAGGGAACAAAGUAAAAGAGUAUUCCAAAAGGUUGCAGAGUCUCUGGGGCACAUGGUCAUAGGUUGGAGAUCUGUGCCAACUGAUAAUUCGGGGUUGGGCAAGUCAGCUUUGGAGACGGAACCUGUAAUUGAACAAGUGUUCCUUACGCCGAGUUCCAGGUCGAAAGUUGAUCUGGAGCGACAGAUGUACAUACUCAGGAGGGUCUCAAUGGUUGCUAUUCGUGCAGCCUUGAACCUCCAACACGGCGGUGCUAGGGACUUCUACAUAUGUUCUCUUUCCUCAAGAACUGUUGUCUACAAGGGUCAGCUGAAACCUGUUCAGUUGAAAGACUACUACUAUGCAGAUCUUGGCGAUGAAAGGUUCACGAGCUACAUGGCCCUGAUACACUCCCGCUUCUCGACAAACACAUUCCCAAGCUGGGAUCGUGCACAACCAAUGCGAAUCUUAGGUCAUAAUGGGGAGAUUAAUACGCUCAGAGGCAACGUGAACUGGAUGAAAGCACGUGAGGGUCUCUUAAAAUGCAAGGAGCUUGGUCUAUCAAAGAAUGAGUUGAAGAAGCUUCUACCGAUUGUAGAUGCCAGUUCAUCUGAUUCAGGAGCUUUUGAUGGUGUUCUUGAGCUUCUAGUUCGAGCUGGCAGAAGUCUUCCUGAAGCUGUGAUGAUGAUGAUCCCAGAAGCAUGGCAAAAUGACAAGAACAUGGAUCCUCAAAGAAAGGCUUUGUAUGAAUACUUCUCAGCUCUUAUGGAGCCAUGGGAUGGGCCAGCUUUGAUUUCAUUUACUGAUGGCCGCUACCUUGGAGCAACAUUGGAUCGCAAUGGCCUGCGUCCUGGUCGUUUCUACAUCACUCAUAGUGGAAGAGUAAUAAUGGCAAGUGAAGUUGGUGUAGUCGACAUUCCUCCCGAAGAUGUGUCUAGGAAAGGAAGGCUGAACCCUGGGAUGAUGCUUUUGGUGGAUUUUGACAAGCAUAUCGUUGUAGACGAUGGAGCCUUGAAGCAACAAUAUUCUAUGGCGAGGCCUUAUGGAGAAUGGCUUAGAAGGCAAAAGAUUGAACUCAAGGACAUAGUUGACUCUGUUCCUGAAUCUAAAAGGAAUGCUCCAGCUAUUGCUGGGGUGGUGGCAGUAUCUGCUGAUGACGACAACAUGGAAAAUAUGGGAAUUCAUGGUUUAGUGGCCCCUCUGAAAGCUUUCGGUUACACCGUUGAAGCUUUAGAAAUGUUGCUGCUUCCCAUGGCAAAAGACGGUACGGAGGCCCUAGGAUCAAUGGGAAAUGAUACGCCUUUGGCGGUCAUGUCUGAUAGAGAGAAGCUCACAUUCGAGUACUUCAAGCAAAUGUUUGCUCAAGUGACAAACCCUCCUAUUGAUCCAAUCAGAGAGAAGAUAGUUACUUCGAUGGAAUGCAUGAUUGGGCCAGAAGGUGAUCUUACAGAGACCACCGAGCAACAGUGCCAUCGCCUCUCGCUAAAAGGUCCUCUUCUGUCCAUUCAAGAAAUGGAAGCUGUUAAAAAGAUGAAUCACAUAGGUUGGCAAAGCAAAAUCAUAGACAUAACUUACUCCAAGAGACGUGGUAGAAAGGGACUGGAGGAAACCUUGGAUAGGAUCUGUGAAGAAGCAAGUAAAGCUAUCAAGGAGGGCUAUAAAACUCUUGUACUGUCCGAUAGAGCAUUCUCCCCGGAGCGUGUUGCUGUAAGCUCUCUCUUGGCUGUGGGUGCUGUUCAUCACCAUCUUGUAAGAAAGCUUGAGCGCACUCAAGUGGGGUUAAUUAUUGAAUCUGCCGAGCCACGCGAGGUGCACCAUUUCUGUACACUUGUUGGGUUUGGUGCUGAUGCUAUAUGCCCGUAUCUGGCAAUAGAGGCAAUUUGGAGAUUGCAGGUUGAUGGAAAAAUUCCACCCAAAGCAAACGGUGAAUUUUUAUCAAAGGACGAGCUGGUCAAGAAGUAUUUCAAGGCAAGCAACUAUGGAAUGAUGAAGGUUCUUGCAAAAAUGGGGAUUUCAACGUUGGCCUCAUAUAAGGGUGCUCAGAUUUUUGAAGCUUUGGGUCUUUCAUCAGAAGUUAUUGAGAAGUGCUUUGCUGGAACUCCAAGCAGGGUGGAGGGUGCAACAUUUGAGAUGCUUGCCCAAGAUGCGCUUGAUUUGCAUGGGUUAGCAUUUCCUAAUCGUGUCUUCCCGCCCGGUAGUGCGGAAGCCAUUGCGCUGCCUAACCCUGGGGAUUAUCACUGGAGGAAGGGUGGUGAGAUUCACCUUAAUGACCCUCUUGCUAUGGCGAAGCUGCAAGAAGCUGCCAGAAGUAAUAGUGUGGCUGCAUAUAAGGAGUACUCGAGGCGCAUCCAGGAAUUGAACAAAAGCUGCAAUUUGCGUGGUCUCUUGAAAUUUAAGGAAGUGGCAGCCAAAGUCCCUCUGGAUGAAGUUGAACCUGCUAGUGAGAUUGUUAAGCGGUUCUGCACUGGUGCUAUGAGCUAUGGAUCAAUUUCACUUGAGGCACAUACCGCACUGGCCAUGGCAAUGAACAGAAUUGGGGGCAAGUCAAACACGGGUGAGGGAGGAGAGCAACCAUCUCGCAUGGAUCCUCUUCCAGAUGGCUCUAUGAAUCCAAAGAGGAGUGCCAUCAAGCAGGUUGCUAGUGGGAGAUUUGGGGUUUCAAGUUACUACCUUACUAAUGCUGAUGAGCUGCAGAUUAAAAUGGCUCAGGGCGCCAAGCCUGGUGAGGGAGGUGAGCUCCCUGGCCACAAGGUAAUAGGAGAUAUUGCAGUGACCAGAAAUUCUACUGCUGGUGUUGGACUGAUAAGUCCCCCUCCACAUCAUGAUAUCUAUUCAAUUGAAGACCUUGCCCAAUUAAUUCAUGAUCUUAAGAAUUCCAAUCCUGCAGCUCGAAUCAGUGUGAAGCUAGUGUCUGAAGCUGGAGUUGGAGUAAUAGCCAGUGGUGUAGUGAAAGGGCAUGCCGACCAUGUUUUGAUCUCGGGGCAUGAUGGAGGAACCGGGGCCUCACGAUGGACAGGUAUAAAAAAUGCAGGGCUUCCAUGGGAACUUGGUUUGGCUGAGACACAUCAAACCCUGGUUGCAAAUGACCUUCGUGGUCGGACAGUUCUUCAGACUGAUGGCCAACUAAAGACUGGAAGAGAUGUUGCCAUUGCCGCACUCCUCGGAGCUGAGGAAUUUGGGUUUAGCACUGCUCCCCUCAUAACACUCGGCUGCAUCAUGAUGAGAAAGUGCCACAAGAACACCUGCCCUGUUGGCAUUGCUACACAAGAUCCUGUUCUCCGAGAGAAAUUUGCUGGAGAACCUGAACACGUCAUUAACUUCUUCUUCAUGUUGGCUGAGGAAGUUAGGGAGAUCAUGUCUCAGCUGGGAUUUCGGACGAUUAAUGAGAUGGUUGGUCGUUCUGAUAUGCUUGAGGUCGACAGAGAAGUAACCAAGAACAAUGAAAAGCUGGAGAAUAUUGACCUCUCCUUGCUUCUUAGACCUGCAGCUGAGAUAAGGCCUGACGCUGCUCAGUAUUGUGUCCAGAAGCAGGACCAUGGCUUGGAUAUGGCUUUGGACCAGGAACUUAUUUCCCUGUCCAAAGCUGCUUUAGAAAAAAGUCUCCCUAUCUAUAUUGAAAUGCCUAUUUGCAAUGUGAAUCGUGCUGUUGGAACAAUGCUCAGCCAUGAGGUGACUAAACGCUAUCGCAUGGCUGGACUACCUGCAGAUACCAUCCAUAUUAAACUCUCUGGAAGUGCUGGCCAGAGUCUUGGAGCUUUUCUCUGCCCUGGCAUCACACUGGAGCUCGAAGGUGACGGUAAUGAUUAUGUUGGCAAAGGAUUAUCAGGUGGAAAAAUUGUAGUUUAUCCUCCAAAGGGAAGUGAAUUUGAUCCGAAAGAGAAUAUUGUGAUUGGAAAUGUGGCUCUUUAUGGGGCCACAAGUGGGGAGGCAUACUUCAAUGGAAUGGCUGCGGAAAGAUUCUGUGUGCGCAAUUCUGGGGCAAGAGCUGUGGUUGAAGGGGUUGGUGAUCAUGGAUGCGAGUACAUGACUGGUGGGACAGUUGUUGUGCUUGGAAAAACUGGCAGGAACUUUGCUGCUGGUAUGAGUGGUGGCAUUGCAUAUGUUCUAGAUGUGGAUGGUAAAUUCCAAUCACGUUGCAAUCUUGAGUUGGUAGAUCUUGAUAAAGUCGAGGAAGAGGAGGAUAUUAUGACCCUCAGAAUGAUGAUUCAGCAACACCAGCGUCAUACAAACAGCCAAUUGGCAAAAGAGGUGUUAGUAGACUUCGAGAGUCUUCUGCCUAAGUUCAUCAAGGUAUUCCCCAGGGAUUACAAGCGUAUUCUAGCAGACAAGAAAGUAGGAGAAGCUUCCAAAAAUGCUCAGAAAAAUAUGGAGGAGGAACAGGAGCAAGAUGAGGGAGAGUUGAUGGGGCAAAAUGCUUUCGAAGAGCUUAAGAAGAUGGCAGCUGCAUCAACCAAUGCCAAAGCCAGUGAGAAGGUAGAAUCUGUCGAGGCUCCCAAGAGGCCUACGCAAGUUACUGAUGCCAUUAAGCAUGGAGGAUUUUUUACUUAUGAGCGCAAAGGUGUUCAAUAUAGGGAUCCUAAUGUUCGGAUGAAUGAUUGGAAGGAAGUCAUGGAGGAGUCCAAACCAGGUCCCCUGUUAAAAACUCAGUCUGCCCGGUGCAUGGACUGUGGCACUCCUUUCUGCCAUCAGGAAAACUCUGGAUGCCCUCUUGGAAACAAAAUACCCGAGUUCAAUGAGCUAGUAUACCAAAAUAGGUGGCGUGAAGCACUAGAUCGACUGUUGGAGACAAAUAAUUUCCCUGAGUUUACAGGCCGCGUGUGUCCUGCACCAUGUGAAGGCUCUUGUGUUCUUGGUAUCAUUGAGAAUCCUGUUUCCAUCAAGAAUAUUGAAUGCUCGAUCAUAGACAAGGCCUUUGACGAGGGGUGGAUGGUGCCCCGGCCACCCCAAAAGAGAACAGGGAAAAAAGUUGCGAUUGUGGGAAGUGGACCGGCUGGAUUGGCUGCUGCGGACCAGCUGAACAGGACGGGCCAUUUUGUGACGGUGUAUGAGCGUGCCGAUCGAAUUGGGGGCCUAAUGAUGUAUGGUGUGCCAAACAUGAAGACUGACAAAGUGGAUGUAGUUCAACGGCGAGUUAACCUGAUGGCUCAGGAAGGUGUCAAUUUUGUCGUUAAUGCCAAUGUUGGGAAGGAUUCAUCAUACUCUCUUGAAAGGCUCCAAAAGGAAAAUGAUGCUAUUGUUUUAGCUGUUGGCGCCACAAAACCAAGGGACCUUCCUGUACCAGGACGCGAAUUGUCAGGUGUCCAUUUUGCCAUGGAGUUCCUUCAUGCAAACACAAAGAGCUUGCUUGACAGCAAUCUCGAGGAUGGUAACUACAUAUCUGCAAAGGGAAAGAAGGUAGUGGUCAUUGGCGGAGGUGACACCGGCACAGAUUGCAUAGGAACAUCUAUCAGGCAUGGCUGCAGUAGCAUUGUAAACUUGGAACUGCUUUCUAAGCCACCGGAGAGUAGGGCUCCAGGCAACCCUUGGCCACAGUGGCCUCGUAUCUUCCGUGUUGAUUAUGGCCACCAGGAAGCUGCGGCUAAAUUUGGGAAAGAUCCAAGGUCUUAUGAAGUGCUAACUAAGCGGUUUAUUGGUGAUGAAAAUGGGGUCGUUACAGGGCUCGAAUUAGUGCGUGUUAGGUGGGAGAAGGAUGCUGAUGGGAAGUUUCAGUUGAAAGAAAUCGAGGGAUCUGAGGAAACAAUUGAGGCUGAUCUGGUUUUACUAGCCAUGGGAUUCCUUGGUCCAGAAUCGACAAUUGCGGACAAGUUAGGUCUAGAGAAAGAUGGUCGGUCAAACUUCAAGGCUGAUUAUGGCCGGUUUGCAACCAGUGUGGAAGGAGUUUUUGCUGCUGGGGAUUGUCGACGUGGUCAGUCUCUGGUGGUGUGGGCCAUCUCCGAGGGAAGGCAAGCUGCCGCGCAGGUUGAUAGAUACCUCGUGCCAAAAGAGGAGGAUCUCGCCGUCGAGCCCGAGAACCAAGAGGACUCGACCUUGCAGCAACAAGACAUCAACAAGCGGCAAGAAGGCUGCGGCAAAUUCACCGUGAUGACGUAGAGGUCCGCAGAUUCUAGUGUUCUGCGCGGCGGAGACGAAAAGGGCAAAGUGAGCCUGUCGUGGAUGUGCGAGAGGAGCCUCUGCUCAGUUCACGCUAUAGAUCUGAAACACUGUUGGCCCGAGGGGAGGAAUGAGGGAGGCGAAGAUUGGCAGGCUAUGUGUGCUAUGUUUAUGCUGGCUGAGGGCUUCAUAAGUUGGAAGCUGUUCUACUUUUGGUGGGUCUCUAAUCUUUAGUCUUGUUUGGGUUAGGUUUGCAAGUUCUUGAUUGUUACAAAGGAAUAAUAAUGUACAGUUCUCGUCGUCGACGGACAAGGUUAUAUAGGGGGACAUAUUUUAUUGAGCAGUCGAUGCAGUUUGCUAUUCAUUUCGUUUUUUAAGUAACCAGUAGCUUCUUCAUUCGAGACGUUGCUGUGGAUUCGUUGUGGUGUAACAAGGGGAUGGAACGUAAUGUGUGUCCAUGUCUAUGAAUGAGAAGGCUGCAGCACAGCUCUGUGCAACCGCAAUGGAAACCAUCUUCUUUCUUUUGAGCA